AUGGAAUAUUCGUGUUCAAGUUGUCAUGAUUUGGAAACAGACAUAGAAAAACAACCCAAACAUGGUCAGCAGCUUGGACAUGAUUUUAAUGGACCAGGAGCUAGAAAUUUUGACACUCGUGUUGCAUUUGAUUUUAUUGGUCAAGUUGUAUCUACUGAACCCAUGAGAGUGAUUAAGGAGAAUGCAAGGGAAACAAGGCUAAUGAGUAUUGUUGCACAAGAUCUAAGCUACAUAUCUGAACAUCAAAAUGAAAAUGCUCCUGUGAUCAUCCUCCUACGUAUGGCAAAGCUCAAGACUUGGGGUGGUCAGCCACAAGUCGGUAACUGUUUAUUUGGGUCGAGAUUGCAUAUUAAUGAUGAUAUGCAUCAUAUUUCAGAAUUUAAAAAGGCCAUUGUUGAUAUCGAUUUGAAUGUUGAGUCUUCCAUUAAUACUACACAACUUAACACAGAAACUAUUGUGGCCAAGCCAGAAGAUUACUACUUCCGUUUUCAAAUCAAAAACAUUGAUGAUAUUCCGGAUUACAAUGAGGAUCAAGGAGGCCAAAAGAUCCCCGAUGAGUUCAAUACGAUGCUUAAUAGGAAGUUUGUUUUUAAAGUUCAGAUUUCAAAGUUUAAUCUCGAGAACAAUUAUCAUGCCUACACCGUUCAUAAGAUGACUAAUGAUAAACUUGUAGUUGGUGCAGUUUUCAAACAUUCACCUGCAUACGAAGAAAACAGUAUUCAUUCUGAUGGUACUUCUAUCAACAAGUCUAUUAAGGAAAAGAGUGUUUCUAUUAAAGGUGACAAUAUUAACGUUGUUGAUCUUGAUGCGGUGACACCGACAACUACUUCACUGAAACGCCCUAUUGAUAUUGUUACCACCACUGAAUCGUUUGAAUGGUCUUCCUCAAAAGAUGGUGUUGCUACUCAUACCCUUAAGAUUCCAAAAAUGGAAAAACUCGAAUAA